AUGGCGACCAUGACGGAAAACUACCACGAGGCCAAGAAGAAGCGCCUGCCCGCUUCGAAAAUCGCGAAACUAGCGCCCGAGAAUGAACGAUACAUGCGAGCCUGCGCCGACGUAGCGAAUUGGCUGGUGGAAGACUUCGAGAGUACGCAGCAGAGCGGUGCGCCCAAGAAGGAUAUCAAUUUGAACUCCUUGCGAAGUCAAAUGGCGAAGAAGCAUUACCUCUCGCGGCAGCCACCGCUCACAGACAUUAUUGCUGCUGUACCAGAGCAAUAUAAGAAGUACAUCCUGCCAAAGCUGAUUGCAAAGCCGAUCAGAAGCGCCAGUGGUAUUGCAGUGGUGGCUGUCAUGUGUAAACCUCAUCGAUGUCCUCAUAUCGCAUACACGGGCAACAUAUGUGUGUAUUGCCCUGGAGGUCCCGAUUCAGAUUUCGAGUACAGCACACAGUCAUACACAGGAUAUGAGCCGACCAGCAUGCGAGCCAUCAGGGCCCGAUACGAUCCAUUCGAGCAAGCUCGAGGAAGAGUAGACCAGAUUCGCAAUCUAGGUCACAGCGUAGACAAGGUCGAGUACAUCAUCAUGGGUGGGACUUUCAUGUCACUUUCUCCAAAAUACCGCGAAGAGUUCAUUUCUCAACUACACAACGCCCUGUCGGGCUAUCAAACCAAUGAUGUGGAUGAAGCCGUCAUGGCUGGAGAGCAAAGCACAACCAAGUGUGUUGGCAUCACAAUCGAGACCAGACCCGACUACUGUCUACCACCACAUCUAACAGACAUGCUCCGCUAUGGCUGCACCCGGCUUGAGAUUGGCGUGCAAUCUCUCUAUGAGGAUGUAGCUCGAGAUACCAACCGUGGCCACACCGUCAAAGCUGUUUGCGAGACCUUUUGCCAAGCUAAAGACGCUGGCUUCAAAGUUGUCUCACAUAUGAUGCCCGAUCUUCCCAAUGUCGGCCUUGAGCGAGAUCUCUUCCAAUUUCAAGAAUACUUUUCCAAUCCAGCAUUUCGAACAGACGGCUUGAAGAUCUAUCCCACUCUCGUCAUCCGUGGAACCGGCCUGUACGAGCUUUGGCGAACAGGCAGGUACAAGAACUACACGCCCAACGUUCUCAUCGAUAUUGUUGCACGAAUCCUCGCCCUCAUCCCUCCUUGGACGAGAAUCUAUCGCGUACAACGAGAUAUUCCCAUGCCACUGGUCACUUCUGGUGUCGAGAAUGGUAACCUGCGUGAGCUGGCACUUGCCCGUAUGAAAGAUUUUGGCACGACAUGUCGAGAUGUGCGCACGCGAGAGGUUGGUGUCAACGAAGUGAAGCACAAAAUCAGACCGAAUCAGGUGGAGCUGGUCCGAAGAGACUACGUUGCCAAUGGCGGCUGGGAGACCUUUUUGGCGUACGAGGAUCCAAAGCAGGACAUCCUCAUUGCGUUGCUUAGGUUGCGAAAGUGUAGCGAGAAGUACACGUAUCGCGAGGAAUUGACAGGACAGCCGUCGAGCUUGGUCCGCGAGCUACAUGUCUACGGCUCUGCCGUCCCCAUCCACGAACGUGUAAAGGGCAAAUCACAACAUCAGGGCUACGGUACGCUGUUGAUGGAGGAAGCAGCGAGGAUAGCGAGGGAUGAGCAUGGGUCGAAAAAGAUAUCGGUCAUUUCUGGCGUAGGAGUGCGAGGCUAUUACAAGCGAUKGGGCUAUUGGCUUGAUGGACCAUAUAUGAGCAAGUGGCUAGACACGGACGAUGGCGAAAGCGACGAGGAUUGA